AGAUACCAAGGUCGUAGUAAACAAUUUAAAAAUGUUUAAAACAUUUAUAAUUAAAGAUGUAUCAGUUAACUUCGUGUAGAAGUGGUAUGCAGUAAGUCGAUUAUUUAGUGUAUGAAAUAAUUAUGGUUUACAAGGCAUAAUAUUCACUAUUAUAUAAGUGCAAGAGAACACAAAAUAUGAAGGAAUGGAUAAGAAUUUCUUUGGCACUUAGUAUUUUUGGAUUUCUAAAAGAAAUACGACCUUCCGAACCAUUUGUUUAUGAAUUUUUGAUUGACCAUCGAUGGAGAAAUCUUACCGAAGAAGAAGUAACUCAACAAGUGUACCCUGUUGGUACUUACAGUUAUUUAGCACUAUUAGUUAUAAUUUUUUUAAUUACGGACUUAUGUAGAUACAAACCACUCAUCAUAUUGUUAGGAGCGUCUGGAAUUGUAAUAUGGAGCUUAUUAUUAUGGACGAAAACCCUUUUUGAAGUUCAGAUUGUAGAGUUUUUUUAUGGAGUAUUCUGUGCAGCAGAAGUAGCUUACUACAGUUACAUAUAUGCUAAAGUUGACAAGGAGUAUUAUCAACAGGUUACCUCACACACGAGAGCUGCCAUCCUGGCAGGCCGAGCUUUCUCUGGAAUAUUAGCUCAAUUAUUGAUAUCUUUUAGUCUGACUAAUUAUAGAGAUCUCAAUUAUAUCACUUUCACUGCCAUGAUCGUUGCUACAGUGUGGAGUGUGUUAUUGCCAUCAGUUGAAAAAAGUAUAUAUUUUCACCCAGAAGAUCUCAGAACCGAACCAAUAGUGACAAAAUUGUCAAACGCUUUCAAAUUGAUGAUAUCUCAUUUUACAACUUCAUUUUCAAAUACCUACGUAUUAAAAUGGUCUCUUUGGUAUGCUUUAUCAACUUGCGGGUUCAUUCAGGUACAAACUUAUAUGCAGCCUCUUUGGACUGCUAUAGUAAAUGACCAUUCAAAACCAAUAUACAACGGCGCAGUAGAAGCAGUAUUAACAGUAUUGGGUUUCCUAGGUGCAUUAAUCGCGGGAAUCAUCAAAACUAAUUGGAGAAUGAAAGGAGAACUUACUUUGACGAUGUGUUCUAUAUUGCAAGCCUUUGCAAUAAUAUACACGUCAAGAACUGAAAAAGUUUUUUUAAGUUACGUUUGUUACGUCAUUUUUGGUGGACUCUAUCAUUUUAUGAUAACAGUUACUUGCAGCGAAGUUGCCAAAUAUAUCGAAGAUGAUAGUUACGGCUUGGUGUUAGGUAUUAAUACAUUCGUAGCUUUAAUUUUUCAGACUAUUUUAACAGCGAUUUUUGUUACCGAUGGUGUGGGUUUUGCUCUUAAGCCCAGAGAUCAGUACUUUGUCUAUGGUUGCUUUCAUCUUUUAAUAGCCGUCAUUUUUAUUUGCAUAGGAUUGAUAGUGUGGAUGAAAAGGGAAAAGGACUACAGAAAAUCCGUCGUAUUGUAGUUUAUUCGAGUACAUUUUCAAAAAUUUUUAUUUUAUUUUUAUUUCUUAUUGAAAUUGUUUUUUCAAAUCACAAUUUCAAUGACUGAAGUGCUUAAUUAUCAAGAAUUUUCUUUACUUAAUGCUUUUAUAUAUAUAACAACUUAUUAUGUUACAGAAAAAGAAUUUUGGGGGAUUCCUACGCCCCAAAAUUGUUAAAUGAGCUCUAUUUUAUAGUGGAAUGUAAUUUUACCCUCAAUUAGCUCAAUGUAGUUGAGUGGCAUGAUUUCCUUCCAAUUAACACCAAUAAAAACCAUGAAUUACAAGAAUCUCCAACGCAACCUUAAAAUUUACCAUAAUCAUGAAAACUAGGACAAUUAUAGUGGAAUUAAUAAGAAUAAAUUUCACUGUCCUUCUCUGUUCUCAUUGCUGGGUAGUACUUUUACAAUCGCCUUGUUCACCUCGUAACAUAUGGAAUUGGAAAUUCUUUCAGGCAUCGUUAGUUUUAAAGCAAGGUUGUUCCACUAGAAUUUUCUUUUAUGAUUUCAUAAGAAAAUGUGUAUCAUGAUUUCUUCCUUCACCAACAGCCCAGUAUAUGUAAGAUGGCUUCCGUAAGCCUUGUGACUGGGGCUACCAGAGUCUUCCUUCUACUUAAGUGUCGCCCUAUCCUGAGGACUAAAAUUACCUAUGAAGAUUUUAGCUCGUUUGUAGUUAUGCUUCCUUGCUUUUCCCCUUUCACACAGCUUAAGAUAUUCCUUAAUAAGCAAUUUAAGAAUUCUCACUGCAGUUUCAGGUCCUAUCAGUGGUAGAGUGGCACAAAUUUUAAACAUUUAAACAGCACGUCAUUAAUUUCAUUGCUCCUAAGUCUCUUAUGUCCAAGGAUCCAGAACAGCUCUUCCCCGUUUUCCUCAAUCAGUUCUUUGUAACAUUACAGAAUUAGCUUUGAUCUGGAGAUCAUGUUAGGUAAUGUUAUUAGUGCCACUGUAAUGUCUGUGAAGAUUUGUACACUAAUGUUCUUAUUUUUUUGCAACAAUACAGUGAGCAUGGUUACUAAUUUGGAAUUCAUAACUAUGUACUUUUCUAGAGGAAGGAUUUGUUGUAUAUUCCCUAUACGUUUGUAUAUUUCUGCUCAAGCAAACUCCCCUUUUUGGAUCCAACCCUGUGGUAAAGUUCCUUCGGCCCAUGACUUGUAACCCGUAUAUAUUUUUAUACCAGUAGUGUGCUAUGAAAUAUUAAAAUUAGUGCGGUAAUAUGUAACAUUUCAUACCUCACUUAAUUGUUUGAAUUGUUGGUCUGUUAGAAUCGAUCAUUUAGUGAAAAUAAACUGAAAUGCUUUUAAGAGGAAAAUUCAUACUUGGAAUUUCGUGAGCUAGUUUUUCAUUAAAAGGGGGGAAGGUAGCCUACUAUUCUACCGAUUUUUGUACUGAAUUUUCUAGGCUAGAAUAUUUGUGAUAUAGUUAAGUGCUUUUUGUUUAGUAAAAGUGAGAAUAGCAAGUUUUAAAAUAAAGUUAUUUGUUUUUGAGUAACAGAAGCAAGACUGGUAUUGUGGAUAUUCCUGUACAUUUUCAAUUACCCGUAUUUUAUGUAUUUUUGACUUCAUCGUUCUAAUUUAGUUAUUCCAAUCACUCUCAAAUCUUUUGUUCCAGUAUUUGAGUUUAGUGAUAUAGAUAGGUAAGGUAACUCAUGUAUGAUGGGAAUAUUUUAUUUUUCAAAAAAAAAUUGCACCACAUAUAAUAUCAGGUCAAUUCAUAUUUAAAAAACAAACAGCCAUCUAGAUGCCACAUCCUGAAUCUUAUUAUUAAUUUUUAUAAUUUGAAACAGAAAUUCCAUUGUAAAUAAAACUAUACAGAAACUUAUUAAAAUAAUAGAUUAUUACAUUUUAUUUAAGCUACUUCCAUCAUAAAACUAACAGUUUUCUUGCAAAUUAGAAAAAAAAUAGAUUUUUCUUCAAUGUUUCUAACCAAGUAUACUUCAAUAUUUGUAAAGAGGACAUGUCCAAGUCCAAGACAACCUGUUCUCAAUUUUUGUAUCCACUGAUUAAUUUAUUCAAGUGCUUUAUGGGUAAAACUUUUUCGCUGGCUUUUAAAACUAUGGUGGUUGAGUUGUCAUUCGAUUCGUAAUCGCAUGUAGGAAGUUAUUGAAAAAAUUGAAGAUGCGCUCGCAAAAAUUAUAAACAAUUGACUAAAAAAAGUGUAGUUUGCUUUUUUGCUUGUAUCUCAAAAACUAAUUGAGAUAUUCUGAAUCUGAAAAAAGCUUCGAAAAGCGGAGGAAAGUUCCUAAAAAAAGAUCCAAUUCCCCUGAAAUAUCAUUAUUUACUUUGUUUAAAUAAUAUUUUUUGUUGCGCGUAUUCGCCCUCGAUAAAAAUUAUAAAUAUUGGUCCUACAGUUCCGGGAGUCAGGACUUUUUUUUUGUAAAUUUCCUCCGCUUUUCGAAUCUUUUUUCAGAUUCAGAAUAUCUCAAAUAGUUUCUGAGAUAUAAGAAAAAACCAAACCCUUUAUUUACUUAAUUGUUCAUAACUUUUGUAAUAUUUGUCAAAAACUUUCUGCAUGCGAUUAUGAAUCGAAUGACACCAGAACCAUAUUUUUAGGAGCUAGGGAAAAGUGUUGACCUAAAAAGAACUUGUUGAUUGGACUAGAUAAAAAGUAGCGUUGUUCUAUGAUUAAGUAGGCCACUAAGAAACACUCAACGUGUAGUUUACAAAAUUUUUAAGAAAUUUGUUUGAUUUUACACUUUUAUUUCACUGUUUAUUGAAUUGUUUUUUUUUAUUUUAAUCAAAUUGUUUUAUUUGAUAUUUUAUGGGAACUUCAUGAUGUGAUGUUAUGUAUUGUUUUUGUUCCAAUGUUUUCAAUCAUUAUAUUUUUUAAGAAAUAACCGUUUUGUAAUUAAACAUUUUUUUCAUAAAAA